AAAGCCAAGUACCCCUGCCUUGGCGUGAAACGCAGCCCGGACACUGUCCUCUCCUCCCCCCUACCUAGCCGGACACGAAUGCGGCACCUUUCGAGGGCCGCUCAGCCACCGACUCGACGAAUAAGCAGUCUUCGCAAUUUGGACCAAACGCUGGCUCGUCUUCGACGUAUAGUUCCUCACCACCCAGCGGGGCCACAAUUGCCGCCGUUGCCAUCAUCACCAACAGCUGGCAGUUUGGAGCCGGCGGUGGACACCUACGAGGGCCUGGAAGCCCUUCUGACCGAUACUGUGGAAUUCCUAUCCAGGGUUGUCAACGACCCGGUCCUACUAGCCGGUGCCCGGACAAGUCUAAGGACCCGCCAUCACCACCACCACCAACUCGUCGGUCCGUCAUCACCAACCCCGGCCGCCAAGUUUAUCGUGGACCAGCAAGUGGACAACCUAUUUACACUCCUGAAGCUGAAAAAGAAGUUCGUUAAUCUGCGAAAUUAG